AUGAUCCCCAUUCCCAAGGCUGACAGGCUCCACGACCUCUUCGACCUCAAGGGUCGUGUGGUCGUCAUCACUGGAGCUUCUGGCCCUAAGGGCAUGGGUAUCGAGGCCGCCCGCGGAUGCGCCGAGUACGGCGCCGACGUCGCCAUCACCUACUCUUCCCGUAAGGAGGGUGCCGAGAAGAACGUCGAGGAGCUCCAGAAGGAGUACGGUGUUAAGGCCAAGGCCUACAAGCUCGAUGUCUCCGAUUUCGACCACGUCCAGCAGCUCGUCAACGACGUCAUUCGUGACUUUGGCAAGAUUGAUGCCUUCAUUGCCAACGCUGGUGCGACCGCCAAGGGUGGUCUCCUUGACUGCCCCAAGGAGGACUGGGAGAAGGUCAUCCACAUCGACCUGACUGGUACCGCCUACUGCGCCAAGGCCGUCGGUGCUCACUUCAAGGAGCGCGGCACCGGCUCCUUCGUCAUCACCGCCUCCAUGUCCGGCCGCAUUGUCAACUACCCCCAGGAGCAGGCCUCCUACAACGUCGCCAAGGCCGGCUGCGUCCAUCUUGCCAAGUCUCUCGCCAACGAGUGGCGAGACUUCGCCAGGGUCAACUCCAUCUCGCCCGGCUACAUCGACACUGGUCUGUCCGACUUCAUCGAUGAGAAGACUCAGAAGCUCUGGAGGGACAUGACCCCCAUGGGCCGCAACGGUAACGCCAAGGAGCUCAAAGGUGCCUACGUCUACCUCGUCAGCGAUGCUAGCAGCUACACCACUGGUGCCGACAUUAGCAUUGACGGUGGCUACACCGUCCGGUAA